AUGUGCUCUUGGGGAAUCUCCACACCUAAAAAGUAUAAAGUUGCGAUUUUUGACAUCCGGACACAGUUUUCUACCAAUGACAGUGAUUUUGGGGAUGUAGAAUGUGUUCUCAAAAGGCACACUAAUAUGUUUUCUCCUGAAGACUACAUUCGGGUUAUGAAGUCCUGUAGAAAGAAGCGUCCCAUUGAGGUGGUGAGCAUAGAAAAAAAAGACUUUGUUAGUACCAAGAAGCUUGAAAAGGUAAUAACUAAUAGAAAAAAAAGCUGUGAAGAGGAAAAGAUCAACUGGUUGAAAAUUAAAGAAAUUAAGGUUUUAAAAGAGAAGCCUUUUAGUAUCUUUAUCAAAACCCACGACGCCAAUUGA